UCACUGGUCACACCAAAGCCCAUAAGGUUAACUGGCUUUAUAGUCUUCAGUCAACGACGAAUCUAACCGAAUUUGCAGAUUGCCAUUUUUUUACAGCCGAGCGUAAGUUUGAAAUUUACAAUCUGGUAAAUACAAUUCGAUUGCCAAUCCCAGAUUCAUCAUUUCAAGCUUAACAAUACCGAUAUAAAGUUGACCUCUGCUUCCUGCAAUCUGCAAAUAAAUUUGGGAACAUGGUGAAUGAGGAAAUUGUGGAAUUGAGCAAAAAACCGCAACCGGUUUUCAAGGAUCCAACAUUCCAACAAAAAUUUCGCCCCAUAAGCAGUUCGGGAAAAAAAAGAAUCUGGCGAUCCUUGAAGCAGGUGCUUGCUCAAGAGCGCUCAUUACCUUGGUCUCCGGAAGUUGUUCUCUAUAGCUCAAUCAACGCACCGCCCAGUUUCAAACCUGCCAAAAAAUAUUCAGACAUAUCUGGCCUUCCUUCAAGGUACACAGAUCCACAGACAAAGUUGCAUUUCGCUACCGCUGAAGAAUAUGCAACUGUACGAAGUCUACCAAUGGACAUCACAGCUGGAUAUUUAGCAUUGCGAGGCGCAUCUAGCAUUGUAGGCUAAACAUGGUUUAGUUAAUAAAAAAAAAAAAAAACUAUUACAAUAUUUCAAGUAUAAUUAUUCACGCAAACAUACUGCGUCAGGCUGUGAAACUCAUCAUUGUAAUUAUAAUUAAAGUCAAGGUAUAAUCAGUGUGAGUUUUAGGUUUACAAAAUACAUUUAUAGCUCUGAAAUCAGUUAUGACACCUGCCAUGAAAGUCAUCUCUGUAAAUGAAUUUAUUACAGUUCUAUAUUGAAUAUUUUGUUACAAAUUUUAUACAUUGAAUUUUAGGCAGUGGUCGUUGGUACAGCAAUUUAUCUUCUACUGUACGCAAUGUUGUUGGAAGUUUUUAAUAUCGACGAAAUGGUUAUGUAUGUACUUCAUAACCUGCUUUGGUAUAAACUAUUUUUUACAUAUAAAAGAAAACAACUUCCUUGUUAUUCACUUACGUGAAUAAUCAAAUAAAUCGUUCAUGUACCGGUUUUCUUUUUCUUAACGUAGUGUGAGCAGGCAUUUCACACGUGUGGAGAUCUAGCCUCGACAGUUUUUAUCAAAUAAACAGACUGUUUUUUUUUUCCAUUUAUUGGUUUUCUUUAUAUCCUUCUUAAUAUUUUACACAUUUAAUUCAUUCAUUGUUAAAAAAAAAGCUUUUGCAUUAUAACUUAGUUUACGAGCUAAAAACUAAGGGAUGGGUAGUGGUGGGGGAGGUCGAAAACUGUACGGCUGCUCGUCGUUUACCAGCAACAUUAUUUUUUUUUUAUGAGAUGUUAUUAUAUAUUUUUUCUUCUCUUCAAGUUUUCGGUCUUUCGCGCACCGCGCUUAGCUAAAAGUUAGGUAUUACGUUGUUGGCCAUUGAUU